AUGCUGUCACACGUUGAGCUCUUGGAUGCUCGCCUCGGGAUGAAAGAUGCUGCUGAGCUUCUGGGUCACAGGGAACCGCUGAAGUGCAGACUGGGGACGGGCGCGGGUGGACCGGACCCCGGGCAUCCUGGGGAUCUGGCCUCCGGUGCGGAUGUUGUUGAAGGGGCCACUUUGCUUCCCGGGGAGGACAUCGGCAAUGCUGGGUCAAACGCUGCUGGGAUGCAGGUGAACGCGAAGGAGCAGGAGAAACAGCAGCAGCAUCAGAACGCCAGCCAGGCGGGGGGGGCGCCGAACCAGCAGAAACAGAAACGGCACCGGACCCGUUUCACUCCGGCGCAGCUGAACGAGCUGGAGAGGAGCUUCGCCAAGACCCACUACCCAGAUAUUUUCAUGAGAGAAGAACUGGCGCUAAGGAUCGGGCUCACAGAGUCGCGGGUGCAGGUUUGGUUUCAGAACCGACGUGCCAAAUGGAAGAAGAGGAAGAAGACCACGAACGUGUUCCGCGCCCCCGGGACCCUCCUCCCCACCCACGGGCUCCCGCAGUUCCCCUCGGCAGCGGCCGCCGCAGCCGCCAUGGGCGACGGCCUCUGCUCCUUCCACUCGGGCGACACGCGCUGGGCCGCGGCCGGGAUGCCGGGAGUCUCGCAGCUGCAGCUCCCGCCCGCGCUCGGCCGCCAGCAGGCCAUGGCGCAGUCUCUGUCGCAGUGCAGCCUGGGAGCGGGGCCCACCGCCAACUCCAUGAGCCUGUCCAACAGCCUGUCCAACAGCCUGUCCUCGAACGGAACCGGGCUCCAGUCCCACCUCUAUCAGCCCACCUUCCCCGGCAUGGUGCCCGCCUCCCUGCCCGGGUCCGCGCCCGCCGCCGUGAACGGCUCCCCGCAGCUGUGCGGAACGGCCGAGAGCGACGUGUGGAGGGGGACGAGCAUCGCGUCCCUGCGCCGCAAAGCGCUCGAGCACACCGUGUCCAUGAGCUUCACCUGA